AUGGCCGCCCUGAGGGGGUUCAAGUUCGACAAACUCGCGGAGAGCCAAAGUCUAAGUGCGCAGGAGGUGGACCAGCUUGACCGAGUAAGCAUGGUGUCCUUAAAAACGUUAAAAAUACCUGAACAGGUCAGGCAAAAACUGCACAACUUGGCCAAGCAGUUUGUGAAGAAAAAGGAUUUGGAGAAACUGGGGAGGUACGUAAUGCAGAAGGUGACGAGCAGGAACUGCGUGGAGUUGCCUCGCAUUUUGCCCUCCAAGCUGUUGCACCAGUUGCUGGAGGAUGAAGAGGGUGAGGCGGGUGAAGCGGAUGAGGCGGACGAAGCAGAGGUAAAGGCAAAGGCACAGCGCAAAGUGGGUGAAACAAAACGGGGAAGGAACAAACUGAGCAACCUCCUUGAAAAGAAGUCCUACCAAUGCCUGAGGCAACAUCUGGGAGAGUACCAAAACAAGUGGAAGGACGUGGAGCAGAUGGCGUUGGCGCACGCGGAGGAUGCGAGGCACAUAGGAAGGAGCACCUCCCCCGCGAGGAUGACCUUCUUCCCCGAGUCGUCCAUCGCCUACACGCUGCACAACUUUAACGCGCACUACGGCGUCAUGUACAGAGUCCUGCACGAGAUCCGCACCCGGGUCCCAUCGUUUGUGCCCGAGCGGGUGUUGGUUUGCUCGGGCGUGCCCGCCGUUGCGGUGGUGGCGCUGAACGAGCUGUACCCCACGAAGAGCAGCGAAAGUAGCGGCAACAACAGCGGAAGCAACUACUCCCGCCUUGGCCGCCUUAUCGUGGCGGUGGAGGCCUCCGACUCGUUCGAAGCAAUUUCCAAGUACCUCACGGAGUCCAUCCCCCACGUGGCCCACCAGAUGAACCUCUACAGCAGUAGCCUAGAGGAGCACCACCUCAUCAUCACUUCACACGUGCUGCUAACGCUCUACGAUUACAGCGCAAGAAAUUUGUAUAUAAAGAACAUGUGGGACAGAUUAUCCGUCGGGGGGAUCCUCAUCGUUGUGGAGAGCGGCACGCCCACUGGGUUCCGGAUGAUUCACUCGAUAAGAGAGCUUUUCAUAACCGAACUGAAACACAACAGGUUUCACUUCAUCGCCCCUUGUCCGCACGAAAGCAUUUGCCCACUAGCCUUAACGGGGAAGGACUGGUGCCACUUCUCUCAGAGAAUACACAGACUCUCUCACCACAUCUAUUGCAAAGGUAGUCGAGCGAAAAAUGUGGACGAGUUAAAAUAUUCCUAUCUUGUUAUUCGUAAAUGUGAAGGCCCCAGAACAACUUACCCGUCUGAAGGGGAUGCCUUAACAGCUCAGGAGAAAUCCUUCUUCUGGCCUCGGGUCGUUCUCCCCACCAUCAAGUCAGGCAAGCAUGUCCUCAUCGACGUGUGCUCAAGACCUCAUAACUUCGAGCGACUUGUGGUUACGAAAAGUGCUUCCCUAAUUCCAAAUUUAAGAACGAAAAGUGGUACCAUCCUUAAGGGCUAUGGGUAUAAAAGUGCCAGGAAGUUACUUUGGGGGGACCUCUUCCGCUUCACCAAGAGGAUUAGCCGCCCCGACGCCAGACUCUACACCCCCGAAAGUACAAAGCAGCACCUCUACCGGUUGCACAACAGAAACAAGCGCCGCCAAAAUGUGGCGGACGUGGUUGACCGCCAGUCGCGCGAGCAUUUCGACUCCCGCGCGGUGCAGUACUACGGCUCCUGA